CCACUUUCAUUCAUCACUCUCAAACCUCACAAAUCCAGUUGCCCAGCAACAAGAAGCAAUCAACCACUACCAACACUUUAGCAAACAACAAGAUGUCCGGCCGUGGAAAAGGAGGAAAGGGACUUGGAAAAGGUGGUGCCAAGCGUCACCGCAAGGUUCUUCGGGACAACAUCCAGGGUAUCACCAAACCUGCCAUCCGUCGUCUUGCUCGCCGUGGAGGUGUCAAGCGUAUCUCGGGUCUGAUCUAUGAGGAAACCAGAGGAGUUUUGAAGGUCUUCCUAGAAAAUGUGAUUCGUGAUUCCGUAACCUACACAGAGCAUGCUCGCCGCAAGACUGUGACGGCAAUGGACGUCGUCUACGCGUUGAAGAGACAAGGAAAGACACUUUAUGGAUUUGGAGGUUAGAUCUGUUACCGUCUCAUGCCAAGGCAUGACAUGAUUGGACGCCUCCGACUUCCAGCUUCGACAACCAAAACAACAAAACUAAACAGGGAAUUUUUAUUCCCACCAUCAUCCCACAAAGCACCCCAUGAUACACCGCCAUCAAUAGAACUGUACCGUAACAUCUAGCAACAGCUGAACCAAUUGAUGCCGUGACGCCCGCGCUCCCAAAUUCGUUUCCGCUUCCAUUAGCUCUUAAUAUAUGCUACAUUCACGGCCAGGCGUUGCCCCUGUUGUGUUGCCGACUGAGUGGAAUUGUUGGCCAACUCAAUAGCUGACAGCUGCACUGUCUGUCCUGGUACAUGUAGAUGAUCUGCCA